AUGGGCUGGGUGCUCAUCCGGCCGGUGACGGCGUACAACCUCACCGUCGAGAUGAACGCCAUCCGCUCCCUCAUAUCCUACUUCCCCUACAUCACCAUCCGCGCCGAGUACGUCGACGUCGUCUCCGCGCUCGGCCGCCGCAAGAAUCUCCCUCCGCCAGCCAACCGCUACAAGCUCGCCAAGGCCAUGGUGGACGGGCUCGACGUUUUCCAGCUCGGCAUCACGCUCUGCGACCACAAUGGCCGCCUCCCCGUGACCGUCGCGCCGGAUGGCUCCGACGCCGAGUCGGCGUGGCAGGUCGCCUUCUCCGACUUCGACCCCGGCGGCCACAUGGAAUCGCCCGCCGGCGUCCCCGCGGCGGCGUUCGCUCGCGCGCUGUUGGAGCACGGCAUCGUGUCCGCGGAGAACCGCGGCCGGCUCACCUGGGUCGCGUUCGGCGGCCUCUACGACUUCGGCUUCCUCCUCAAGCUCCUCUCCAGCGGAGCGCCGCUGCCGGAGACGGGGGAGGGGUUCGCGCGGAUGCUGCGCCGGUACCUCGGAAACGUGUACGACGCCAAGUACGUGGCGUCGCGGCUGCCGGUGGCGGUGGGUGUCGACCUGAGCGGCGGGCUGGUGAGCGUGGCGAGGCUCCUGGGCGCGCCGGCGGUGGCGGUGGAGGAGCCCCGGCAGGCUGGCGAGAAGAGCCUGGUGGCGUGUGAGGUGUUCAUGCGGAUGACGGGCCUCUUCUUCGCCUACCACGACGUCGCCGUGCAUCUCGGAAUGAUCGACGGCGUGCACUGA